AUGAGCAAUCGUCUCAAACGGAAACUAGGGGACCUUGGUGUUGACACCUCUAGCAGAAGAGCUAAUGAGUCAUUUUGCUUGAUCGGUACACCCCUACCUCCACUUGAGAAGUCUAAGGAUACUGGUGAAUUUGUUCCUCUAUGGAAACAAGAAGUACGCGACGAGAAAGGUCGCAAACGAUUGCAUGGCGCCUUCACUGGUGGCUUCUCAGCGGGAUAUUUUAACACGGUUGGCUCGAAGGAAGGAUGGACUCCUGCAACAUUUGUGUCGUCAAGAAAUGAACGGGCCAAAGCCAAGGCAGCUCGGCCCGAAGACUUUAUGGACGAGGAGGACCUUCAGGAAAUACGAGACUCCAAAAAGAUUGUCGAUACUACAGAUGAGAUGGACUUGACGGCGGGAUUGCGGGCAAGUAAGGACGAACUUGAAACUGAUUCCAUUGCUGGUGCAUUGGAAGCUUCUAUGUUACCCACACCGCAGGACUCCGCUGGUGCACGAAUUUUGAAGAAAAUGGGCUGGAAGAUUGGCCAAGGCAUCGGGCCGAGAGUCUCGUGGCGAGACAGAAAGCAACAAGAUGCUCAGGCAGCUUACAAUGGUGGUCGAAGCACAUCGAUACCUGAAGAUGACGAAGAAGCUAGCAAACAUUCCUUUGCUCGUCGUGAUACAACUGUACUGGCUAUCACUAGAAAGGAUAACUCCCAUGGACUUGGCUAUCGCCCCGGUAUGAGUUUGAACGAAAGUUUGGGAGACAACGGCGCCGGGCCAUCUUCUGGACCUAGAUUGGCUGCCGGGUUUGGUCUUGGAGCGCUAAAUGAUGCAGACGAAGAUGAUCUUGACAUAUAUGAAUCAACUAUCAACCAUUCCAAACGACGCACAGCUUAUGACGCACUGGAUCGAAACGAUGAAGACAAGACUUCCGUUAGUCAGAGGAGCCAUGAUGCAUCUGUUAGUUCUCUUUCAUCUGGUUAUACUCACUUUCCUAACCUCUUCAAGAGGAAGACUACAGGAUUUCAAACCUUCGAAGAUGGCAAACCCGUUUUACCUGGAUUCAUUCUCUCAGAUAAACCUGUAGCCGAAGAUAGAUGGUUUCCAUUACCUGAUCCCCCGCCGGGAUGGCGCCCUGACCCCAAACGCGUCUGGGAUAAGGAUAAAGAGAAUCGCCCAGGCGUCCAGGCCCCACCUCCGCCAGCAGGGCCCGGAAAGUGGAAGUCGACAAUAUCAGCAGAUGCCCGCGGUACGAUACUAGGUGAAACGCCAUUGCCUUCAGCGCCCAAAUCAGUCUUCGACUAUAUGUCCCAGAAGGAUGCCGAACGCUUGAAAAACAUGGUCACAGGCAAAGCCGCAGCUCCGUCAGGCGCACCUACUGCAGCCCGAGACGAAAUCAACAUCACUCGAUUAGAUCCGCAUAUCGCUCAAGCUGCUCUCAGUGGCUUCCAGCCCUUCACCACCGAUCCUGUGAAGCAGGCUCGGUAUAAUGCCUAUCUACAAACACAGAUAUCACCGGAAUCCACUGUCGAACUGGUUCCGCUACCAGACCAAAAUAUAUCCGAGUUUAACAAGGAACUCUCUGAUUACGCAAAGGCUGCCCAGAUUUUUAAACCAAUAUCUGGCGCUAUGGCAGGGCGGUUCACUAGCGCCGCAGUAGUCGAGCACGCGCCCAAAGUCAACGAGGGCCUACACAUGCCGACGAAGGAAGAGAUUGAGGCGAAGGAGGCAGAAGCGAAGAAGCUAGCAGAAGAGAAGGUCAGCCCGAAGGUCCAUGCUGCUCGGUUAGGUAUGUAUGGGCCAUUGACUCGCGACGUGAAGCCUUGGGUACCUGCCAAAUUGUUGUGCAAGCGGUUUGGGGUGAAGGACCCUGAAGUUGAGACCAAGGCACCCGAAAGUGCUGCACACCAUCCAACGACAGCUGGCGGAGAUAUGGAAGGGGAUCAGUCUACGGUUGUAGACCCAGUGUCCGCGGCUGCUUUGGGCAUCACUGAGAAAGGGUACAGCGGGAGGCGAGACCUCGCGAAUAUUGGCUUGGGCGAUGAUGAAACGCAGGGCAGGGAUAUCCUGACCUAUACGAAACCCGCUAUGGACAUAUUCAAGGCAAUAUUUGCUAGCGAUGACGAAGAUAGUGACAACGAGGAGGAUUCACCAGAUGCUAUGGACGUUGAUGAAGCGAAACCACCAGACAUGAACGGCCCUUCACCUGCUCCUACGGCGAAGAACUCUGAACCUGUCGACCUGGCCACCUUUAAGCCUGUAUUCGUUCCUAGAGAAUCCAAGUCGAAAGGUGACGAAAAGAAAGAGAAAAAGGAGAAGAGGAAGAAAGAGAAAGAGAAGAAAGCUGGCAUGGUAUCUUUCGCGAUGGACGAGGAUCAGGGAGAAGAAAGUACUACACCGGUCAAGGAGAGGCCAAAGAAGAAGAAAAAGCGCGACAAAGAGAAGGGUAAAGAGAAGGGCGGCAAGAAGGAAGGGGACGAAGAUAUGCAGGAUGAUAAACCCCCGCCAGAAGUCGUCGAGAGUCUACCCUCAAAGGUCCCGAACACUAAUCCCGUACAGCCCAGCGAUGCAGAUGGCAAUGCUCGGUCCAUGAAAGGAAGGAAAAAAGCCGUUGAUUUCUUGUAG